AUGACAGACGUUGUGCCUGAAGUUGAGGAAUUCGGCCAUGAUGUACCGAUGGAUCCGACGAUGGAACCUGAGGACAGUGAGCACUCGGAGGAGUUAGAUAGUAAACUGGUAAAUGGGGAGGCCACGGUGACUACGACAUUUGACUGGGACGCAUAUCUUCGUGAACAGAAUGCUGAACCUGCUCCACCUGAGUGCUUCUAUCAACCAGAUACACCACCAGAGAACAAGGCCAACGGGUUCAAGCGCGAUGUUUUGUCUGACUGUGGUGAACGUCUACAAAUUGUGGUUGUGUGUACGUUUGGAAGGCCUACGGUAGAGGAUCACAUGAAGUUGAAUCCACCAAUCGGCUUCAUCCAUCAUCACGGCACCUUCCCAAAGUUCCUUGAACAACAUUUGAAGCCAGAUGAUGAGACGGGCGCAUCCGUGCUCUGUCCGCCUGAAUGGUUCAAACCGGUAAGUGGCUAUAUGAACUUAUCAUAA